GGUAUUUCGAGGUCGUCGGUGAACAUCGGCAAACCCUGUCCACGGUACAGGGCUGCGUGGAUGCUCCACAUCACUCGAUCUUGACCGACAUUGCAGAGACAUCGUACGAAUGCAAGGUAGUAUUCGUGUCCGAAACAUGCCUGCUUCAGUCAUGUGGUUACUAGCGAUUGGCAAGGUUGAUCGAUAAGGCAAUGAGCGUCGGAGAAGCCGUCAUGUAAGUAUGCUGUUGCCAUAUAAGAAGUGCUUGGUUACUUCUAGCACAAACAUCUUGAAUCAUCACAGCUGCACCAGUAUUGCACUACACCAGGGUCAUCACAGGAACCACCAUGGCUUCACAAGACCGCGUCACAGAUGUCUACGGUCCAGGAACAUACACUGAUAAAGCAUUCGUCCCGGUCCCCGAGGACACUUCUCGCAUCUUUCGACUCAUCGCUUCACAAACACCAGGCUUCACGCAGGAUGAGGCCAUUCUUUCGAAAGUCAAGUUUACGGGUGAAGACUACCCCGUCAUUCCCGGGCCCAUCAAAGCUACCUCAGUAGCUGCAGCUUUGCAUGCCAUGUGCGGUGUCAUCGCAGAUGAGAUCCUCACUUUGAGAGGUUUGAAGGACGACAACCGGAAAAUCACCGUCAACACUACACAUAGCGCAAUAUGGUUUGGUUGUGUGGCGACAGCCUAUCUAAACGGCGACGAUGUCCUCAGUAUGGCAGCGCAAAAGAAGCUGGGCGACAUCCUGCAAGACUGGGAACAAGGCUGGACGGAUACACCCCUCAAGUAUCGCGCGACUGCACUAUAUCCCACAAAAAAUCCCGAGACAUGGUACUCGUUCCACGGUAGCAUGAACGCCAAACCGGUCCUUGAGAGCAUUGGCAUCAACCCUAACGCGAACGUGUCCACCAACGAGGAGGCUGCAAAUCUCAUUGCCGAACACACGAAGAAAUACAGUCCGGAAGAGCUCGAGAUGAACAACCUUCUCAACGGCUUCUGUGGUUCGAUCUGCUUCACACCAGAACAGUGGAGAAAUUCCACCAUGGGCAAGUCCCUGGCCGCCCACCCAUUGGUGAAUGUCAAAAAGCAGACCCACGCCGUGCCCACACCACCCAUCGCAUUUCCCCCUCUAAAUCCUCAUGACCCUCGCCCCCUGGCUGGAAUCAAAGUUGUAGAACUCACUCGCGUCAUCGCCGGACCCGAAAUCGGCACAAUCCUCGCCUCCUUCGGCGCCGACGUAAUUCGCCUCAACGCUCCGUUCCUGCCGGAUAUCAAUAUUAUGCAGUUGUCUCUCAAUGCCGGGAAACGCACGUCCACCGUCGAUCUGCGCAAUGCCUCCGACCGCCAGCAUUUGGACGCGCUUCUCGCAGACGCCGACGUGUUCAUCCAAGGCUUCCGUCCGGGCAAGAUGAAGAAGUUCGGUCUCGGUGUAGAAGAGCUCCUCGAGAUGGCCGGCAAGCGCGGCAAAGGCAUUGUUUACGUCUCCGAGAACUGCUACGGGCCUGACGGGUACUACAAAGAGCGACCGGGGUGGCAGCAGAUUGGGGACGCAGCAGCGGGAUCUGCGUACGUGACUGGUCGGGCUCUCGAGAUCACACAGGGACUGCAGAAGCAUGAGGCUGUGCUCCCCAGCUUGCCCAUCUCGGAUAUGUCGACUGGUGUGCUUGGGGCUGUCGGCGCGAUGCUGGCGCUGAGGGAGCGGGCGACGAAGGGCGGGAGCUGGGAAGUUCUUGCCAGUCUUACGGGGGUGAAUGCAUACGCGCUGAGAGAAGAUGUUGGAUUGUACCCGCUGCAGACGGUGAAGGAGUGUCAAGAAAGAUUCCAGUGGGGCGAGAUGAGAGGAAGUCAUCACGUGCUCGAUCUGCUUGUCACAGUCUGGAAGGGCUGGAAAAAGGUUCUUGGACACUACUUGGAAGAACAGAGUGGUUGGUAUCAGAGUUUUGAAGGCAGUGCUUUCGGCGGGAAGAAGCUGAGCGUGCUGAAGCCGGUACCACAAAUCGAGGGUGCAGAGGGUGCGAGAUGGUUGACGCCCAGUGUUCCGUAUGGGGCGGAGAAACUGGAGGGUAUGUCGUGGUUGUAA